UGUGAGGGGAGGGGGGCGCGCCUAAGGGGGCGGCGGAGGCGAGGGGAAGAGAAGGGGGCGGUUAACGCCUCUACGAAGGGGCGCGACGCCUCCGCUUUCCCCCUCCCCUCUUUCCCGCGUCUGUUUUGGGGCAGCAGAACUGUCCUGUGACAUGCGGCGUCCGCGAACUCGGACAGUCGCUCUGGGCUCUUUCUGGAGUCGCCCUCAACACCGGCAUUGGAAGCAGCAGGGCGCCUGUCAGGGGGAAAAAACAGGAACUUUCAUUGGCUUCAACAAAAGGAGCAAUGUGCUGCAAGGCAAUGAUCUGUUAUAGUACAACAUGGCAUGUGGACUAAGCAUAUUGAGUGAAGAGGAAAGUCAGGAACUCUGUUGCUUCACUGAGAAGCUGAAGUCUGGGCUGCAGAUUGAAAUCUAUGAAAGCAAAGCAUUAUUUCGCAGUCCUCUUCGGCUUUUAAGCUGUUGGCCAAAACAAGUAGUUAUUUGGAAAUGGCAAACAAUAAAAUACCUGCAGAAAACAUGGAUGUUCAAAUGAAGAAUGAGCAAGAUCUGGAUGCUCUUCAAGAAGAUUUUGAGAUGAGCGGUGGAUCAAAUGAAAAUGAUACCAAUGAAAAUCAUUCCUGUGGGCACAAAUCUCAUAGUGAUGAAGUUGAUGAAAAUGGGAAAGAAACGGCUAUGAUUGUGGAAUCUUUAGACAGCUGUAAAAGCAAUGAAUCGUCUUCUAAAUCCCAAACCCAGAAAGAACUGAUAAAAACAUUGCAAGAGCUGAAAGGCCAUCUUCCUCCGGAUAAAAGGAUCAAAGGCAAAUCUAGUAUCCUGGCAACUCUGAAGUAUGCACUUAGAAGUAUUAAGCAAGUUAAAGCCAAUGAAGAAUAUUACCAGAUGAUGAUGAUGAAUGAGACCUAUCCUUGUAGUCUUGAUAUAUUAUCCUAUUCUGUGGAAGAGGUUGAUAACAUUACUACAGAAUACAUCAUGAAGAAUGCAGAUAUGUUUGCUGUUGCUGUUUCUUUGGCUACUGGAAAAAUCCUGUACAUCUCUGAUCAGGCUGCCUCCAUUCUUCACUGUAAGAAAGACUUCUUUAAAGAUACCAAAUUUGUGGAAUUUCUGGCACCUCAGGAUGUCAGUGUGUUCUACAGUUCUACUACUCCCUACAGAUUGCCAUCCUGGAGUAUUUGUAAUGGAGUUGAGUCUGCCACCCAAGAGUGCAUGGAGGAGAAAUCUUUCUUCUGCCGAAUCAGUGCAGGGAAAAAACAUGAAAGCGAGAUCUGCUACCACCCAUUUCGCAUGACUCCGUAUCUUAUCAAAGUGCAAGAUGCAAAGAAUACAGAAGAUCAGCUUUGUUGUGUGUUGCUUGCAGAAAAGGUGCACUCUGGCUAUGAAGCACCCAGAAUCCCUCCUAAUAAAAGAAUAUUUACAACAACUCAUACACCAAGUUGUUUGUUCCAGGAUGUAGAUGAAAGAGCGGUACCUCUUUUGGGAUACUUACCUCAAGACUUAAUUGGAACUCCUGUCUUAGUGCAUCUCCAUCCAAGUGACAGACCUUUAAUGCUAGCAAUUCACAAGAAAAUACUUCAGUGUGGUGGACAACCAUUUGAUUAUUCACCGAUCAGGUUCUGCACUAGAAAUGGAGAAUAUGUAACUCUGGAUACUAGCUGGUCCAGUUUCAUCAAUCCCUGGAGCCGAAAGGUUUCCUUUAUAAUUGGAAGGCACAAAGUUAGAACAGGUCCCUUGAAUGAAGAUGUGUUUGCACCUCAUUACACAGAGGAUAAAAUUCUGCACCCUAGCAUUCAAGAAAUCACAGAGCAAAUACAUCGGCUACUGUUGCAGCCUGUACAUAACAGUGGCUCUAGUGGCUAUGGAAGCUUGGGCAGCAAUGGAUCGCACGAACACCUGAUGAGUGUGGCUUCAUCCAGCGACAGCAAUGGAAACAAUAAUGAAGAUAGCCAGAAGAUAUCCAAGCCUAACUUUUCUCAAGAUAAUUAUAAAAAUGGAACUGUGGCCAAAAAUAAAGGAGGGAACCUCUUCAUUGAUUCCAGAUCAACGCUUGACAAUCAGAAAAAAUCUUACAGGGAAAACUUUAGUGACUGUUGCAGUUACAAGAAAGGUGCCACUCAGUCAACUGAAAAUGAUGCUGUUGGAAUUGCUUGUCAAAAAAACAUGGCUACAGAAGAACUGGAUUGGGUGGAACAGCCUGUGUAUUCAUAUCAGCAGAUCAGUUGUUUGGAUAGUGUUAUCAGGUAUUUGGAAAGUUGCAGUGCACCUGAUACAGUGAAGAAGUCGCUGCCUAUAUCAAAUGCUGUCUCAUUGGAUUCUGAAGCAUGCAGAUUGAAAGCAAAGAAUAACACUAAAACAUCUACAGAAAAUAUGUUGUCAAAAACCUGCAUCGGCCCUCCACCUGACAAGUCAAAUACUUCUGUGGUCGGUGCUCAUUUAACCCCUUUGACUUUGCCUGGCAAACCAGAAAGUGUUGCAUCUUUUACCAGUCAGUGCAGCUACAGCAGCACCCUAGUUCAUGUCGGAGACAAAAAGCCACAGCCUGAAUUAGAAAUAAUAGAAGAUGGUCCAAAUGGAACAGAACCCACUGACAAUCAAGCUAUUGCUGUCCAGUCCAGUACACCAAAAACUCAGGAAAAAGAAACCUUUAAGAAACUAGGGCUUACAAAGGAAGUCCUUGCAGUGCAUACACAAAAAGAAGAGCAGAGCUUUCUGACCAAAUGUAAAGAAAUCAAAAAACUCCAUAUUUUUCAAUAUCAUUGUAAUUACUACUUUCAGGAAAGACCCAAGGGGCAUCCUGGUGAACGUGGUAUUCAUGGAUUACGUCAUGGCUCUGGAAUAGAUCAAUCUUGGAAGAGAACUGGGAAGAAUAGAAAAUCAAGGUCAAAGUCCAAACGACUUAAACCACAUGAAUCUUCAGGCAGCACAGCUUCUAGUACCAAGCCCCCUCGGUUUCCUCUGCUUGGCCCCAAUAGUACAGCUUGGUCUCCAUCAGAUGCCUCACAAGCGAGUUACCCAGCCGUGCCUUUUCCUGCAGUUAUGCCUGCAUAUCCACUUCCAGUUUUUCCACCCACAGGGGCUAUGCCAGUAGGCCCUGAACCUUCUCUCUCUGGUUUUCAUGAAUCACAUGAUUCAGGAACUCAGUGUCCUUUGCCAUUAUCACAAUUUUCUACCCCUCUAAUGACUCCAAUGGUAGCACUUGUUCUCCCCAACUAUGUAUAUCCUCAGAUGAACAGUGGUGUUCCUCAGACACUUUAUCCUGAUCAGCCAUGUUUUUCUGCUCAGCAUUCUUUUUCUUCCCAAGCAAUGUUUACAGCACAGCCUCCUUUUACUGCCUCAAGCACAUUUCCCCCACAAAUGUUAUUUCCAGCACAGCCAUUCCUCUAUAAUCCUUCAGCAGAUACUGAAAAGACACCUUUCAUAGAAUCCCGAAAUGAACCAUCCCGUUCCUGCACUCCACUGUCUCUUGGCCCACAAGAUCAGGCCUCUCCACCGUUGUUUCAGUCACGGUGUAGUUCACCUCUGCAACUGAACCUUCUGCAAGAAGAAAUGCCAAAACUUACUGAAAGUGGAAUUGCUGUUACGCUGGGAAACCAAGGAACUUUAAUGGAAGAGGGGACAAAUAGCAAAUUCCUAAGUUCUGAUGACUGUAACAAAAAAGCAUCUUCUCGUGCUGCCUCUCCAAUGGAAGCUCAAAACAGUGAUGACUUCUCUGUGUCCAGCGAUCUGCUUGACAUUUUACUUCAGGAAGAUGCAUGUUCAGGCACCGGCUCUGCUUCAUCGGGAAGUGGCGUUUCAGCAGCUGCAGAGUCUUUAGGCUCUGGGUCAAAUGGAUGUGGCAUUUCAGGCAGUGGAACCGGUGACAGUGAGACAAGUCAUACCAGCAAAUAUUUUGGGAGCAUUGAUUCUUCAGAAGACCAUCAUAAAAUAAAAGACACAGAAGUGGAGGAAAGUGAACACUUCAUUAAAUAUGUUCUUCAGGAUCCCAUCUGGCUGCUGAUGGCGAAUGCAGAUGAUGCUAUAAUGAUGACUUACCAGAUACCUUCCCGAAAUGUGGAAACUGUUUUAAAAGAGGAUAAAUUGAAACUCGAACAAAUGCAGAAGUUCCAGCCAAGGUUUACUGAGGCACAAAAGAAAGAACUACUUGAAGUGCAUCCAUGGAUUCAGAAGGGGGGCCUUCCAGCAGCUGUUGCAAAUUUGGACUGUGUUUAUUGUGAAGAAAAAAUUAAAAGCAGACCUUUUAUGCAAGACGAAGAAGAAAUCCAUGAAAUGGAGCUUAACGAAAUGAAUGAGGCCAAUGGGGAAAAUAGUUGGCUUCCCUGAGCCAAGUCAACAGUGAAAACAUUUAAUCCAUGAAGAUACAUUGCAAAAGCAUCUGCUAUUGAAUUUUUGCAGUGCAUCAUUAGAUCUUAAAGGUUUGAAAGCUUGUUUCUUGUGAAAUGAAUCUCAUUUUAUAUAAAAACAAAUGGAUUUUUUUUGUUCUAGAAAAAGGUCAUUUGUGAUUAAUCUUUUUAAAUUAGGGGUGUUCCUUUCCCUUUCUAGUCAUCAUUGCUGAAGGUGUACAAUUUGUUUUAUUUUUUUUUAAAAAAAGCUUAUCAAAUUUUGAAAUAUCUGCAGUAUUUAAACUAUAGGAACUAUGGGUUGGAUCCAGUCACCUUUCUUACUUGUUCUUGACAGUUCUGUUCUGUAUUACAGCUCUGUCCCUCAGAGUUUUUAUCUAGGCAGGUCCCAUGAUCCCUGUGACUGCUUUUUGGGUGAUCAGAGGGGAUUCCCCCCUCCUUUCCACUAGCAGAAAAGCUGGUUAGAUCCAACCCCAGGAUUGGAUAUGGUAAGGAAUAUCCAAAACAUUGUGCUGUCGUACAGUUUCCACCAUCUAUCUUUGCAGUAAUGCAUUAUUUGUAAAUUCAUGAGAAGUUAAUGCAUUAUUUGUAAAUUCAUGAGAGGUUUUCCACUGAAAACAUCUGGAAUGAAUUCCAGAACAGUAGAAUAAAGGUAUUUCAUAAUUUUUUCAUUAUAUUGAACAUAGAAUUUCAUCCACUCUCACCUACAGUCCAAUUUACUGGUGUUAAAAUCAAUUCAGCUACAUCACCUUUUCAACAUGGAUAGCAAAAUAUCUGUUGAGUUUUUUAAAAACAUCUGCAUUACUGAAUUAUCCCUGAAAGUAUUUUUCCAUCAAUGUUAAAAACAUUAGAAAAUAAGACGUUAUUUAUCACUCGACCAGGCUAUGUCUUGGUUUCUAACUCCUUUCUUUAGCCUCUUCAGACAUAUUUCUGCCCUUCUAGGUCAGAGACAACUUUUUCUCCACUGAUUCUCUGAUCGUUUUUUCUAUACCAUAACUAUAUUAUUAGCACAGCUGUUUCUGUGGUGUGGCGAGCAGUAGAAUAUAUAUUAUGGAUUUCAGCUUAGUUUUAAAAGAAGACUUAUACUGCAGCUAUGUCUAACUAGGUACUUAACAGCUAUUCAGUUCAUGUUUGGAUAUCUUUGGAGUUUGUUUUAAUUUAUCCCAAAAGUUAACUUCUGAAGAUAUUAGAAAGAUUGUUGAUGAUUGAUCUGUAGCACUAUUUUAGAGAGAAUCUUGCUUUUAGUUGAAUAACACAGAAGAUAACUUCCCAAAUUAUUUGCAGCACUAAAAAGUAGCCUUUAGCUUAUAGAGAUGGUUUAGGACAUAGUUUAAUAACUGUGCCAUGUAGUUUAAUAACAAAGUAUAAGAACUGCUGUAUAGGAUCAGACCAUGACACAUAGAGGCAGAUAUAGAGGCUGACAAUCUAACAAAGUAAAGAAGACACACGGCAAUAAUAAUUUAAUUCAUUCCUGUUUUUCAUCUCAAAACUUCCUGCUAUUUGGAAGCUUACAACAGGGGUCCAGCAGAUGUGGAGAAUAAUGUCCUGCCCAUUUUAUAAAGCCUUAAUGUGUUGAAAUGGGCCAUUGAAGCAUAUCAUGGCAUGGAAGUAAAUAAUAUCCCAUUAAGCUUCUGUUAAAGGGACAUGACAUUUUUCUCCUGGCCUGUUGACAACUUGAGCAUACAAGCACCCUAAAUGUGAGUCUGCAACCCAUGAUCAGUUGUUUAAUCAUAUAUUCAUCUAAGCCAAUAAACCUGUGCAUAUUAAUUGCAGGGUUAAAGAAAAAACAUUUCCUGUUUUUUCAGCUUCUCCUGUGAAUUUGUUUUCAGGUGUUCUAACUUUUGUACCAUUCCAUUAUUCCCACACCUUCUAUGUAUACUUAUUCUACCCCCUUCUCUCAGAUCAUCUUUUAACUUUUUUAAAAAUCAAAGUUACAUGUAUAUAAGUAUGAACUCUGAUGUAGCUUUUAUUAGAUAUAUUUUAAAUCUUCAUGUUAACUAUUUGUAUAUACUGCAGAUAUAUUGACAAGUUAUGUAUAUUUUAACACCUAAACAGAUUUUUUAAAGUCCUCUACCAAGGUCAUUUGAGAAAUUUUAUCCGACAAACACUUAAACCUUGUUUCCACUAUCAUGUGCAUGUACAGGCUUCAUAUCUUCUACUUUAGUCACUUGAAAGUUUUCAAUGGUGGGGAAAAAAGGUAACAAUCCAGAGAACAAUGCAAGUAGCUCAGUACCCAGCCAGGCCGUAAGGUGAUGCUUUUUCAACCAGCCUAUAUACUAUGCUGCAUGGCCAGUUGCUUUGAAUACUCUUGAAAAUUUCAAAGGCAGUUUUAUGAAACGGUAUAGAGAGAUGUUUACAUAGAAAAAAUCACGUUUCAUCAGGCCUGUGCAAGUCAUCCUAGUGGUUCACAGGACUGUGGCCAGUGCUGUCUAGGGUUUUGAUCUGCAGGUAUAUGCUAUUCUUGUUUCAUCUUUGCCAUUGGUAUGGGGAGUAUGUGUGUGCUUACUUUAAUGACAACCUAAUUUAGAGAGGGAGGGGAAAUAUAUUAAGAGUCUUUACUAAAUGUCUUAAUAAAAAUGUCUGCAUUUGUUUAAAGCAGCGGUAAGCAACCUCCAACCUGCAUGCUGAACAGUGGCACACCCAAACCAUUUUGCUCAGCUGGUUCUCCACCCAAGUAGCUACUGCCAGUGAGGCACUGGCAGUAGCAAUGAGGCUUGGCCAGCUUCUUGUGGUUCUGGUCAAGGGCAGCCCUGUUCUGUCCUAUCUGCUGUCCCGUCAUUCUCACAAUUCUAUUUGCCAGAACACCAACAUCUUUAUAGGCAGAUGUGUGUUUGGCAAGGGCCAAAAAGGUUGCCUACUCUUGGUUUAAUUUUUUUUUAAGUUUACAGGGUUAUCCUGUAGUUUUUGAAGUGCAAGGCUCCAUUUCUAGACAAGAUACUGAAACUAUCUUCAAGUUUGUGGUACUGUGUUAGCUUAAUGAUACUGUAAAUGAUAUUGUUGAUAUUGAAGAGACUAUUAACAUGGUCUUUUCCAUCUGCAAACAGUGUUUCCUGUACCCUGUGCAAUACUUUGGGUUUUUUUGUCACUUGUGACUCAUUUUUAUUACUUGCUUUUUAGAAAAUUGGUAAAUAAAGCAAAUUUAUUUUUAGCUAUACUCUAUUUAUACUUGUUAUAUCAGCUUAAACUGUUUUCUAGUGAAUUCAGAAAAGCAGCCAUUUGUUUUCAGACAAACAAUCCCUAUUUCACAGCCACCACCUCUGCACUGAUCAUUGUCAUUUUAUUAAAUAUAAUUAAGCCAUCUUGUACUUUGGGUUAAAUUAAGAGAUCUAAGGCAACAGCCUUUCAUGGCAGCCAAAAUCAUUUGAGAACACUAUGGAAUUUAGGGUUGCAUAAUACAGGUCAUUUCAGAGAAAUAUAGGGAAGGGCUGUUGCAGACAUUACACCCCAGAGGACAAAUGGGGGAGGGGGUAAAAACGUUAGUUGCUUAUAAACCAAAUUUAUUUCUAACUGUAUUCUAUUUACAUUUAUAUCAACUUAAACUGUUUUCUAGAGAA